UUCUAUCCAUUUCCUAUACCGACUAGUCAAAAUAUGACAAGAAAAAAUACUUCAAUCGAAAUGUUAGCUAGCUAGCUAGCUAAGUGGCUAAAAACUAACGAUGCAACGAAACACCCCCAACCAACUUCCCUCUCCUCCCGCCUCCUUCUCUAUGAUUGGCUAGUUCUACUCGGAAUAUGUACUCUCAACCAAUUAACUGCGGCCAGCCGACAACACUACCCAAUCCCAGCACAGCAGGCGGGAUUUGCCAGCGACCUAGCUAUAUGAGCUUAGCUGCUAUUACCAGUGCUAUCUAUAUAAGAAAUGGAUUAUUAGCCACCAUGCUAAAUAGUAAGUUUUCAGGUGUCAUUGCUUACUCGUUUUUAUUUUUCGCAGAUACAUUAGGAUUAAGAUUUAAUUCACGAGGACGCACAAAUAUGUUUAAGACAUAAGAGAUAUCUAGUGGAGAACGAGUCCGUCUUCAUCGCUCGAGACGUCUCGCCAUCAUCUUCGCCGCCGCUGUCGGACGUGGACAUGAAGAAGGUUUUUUCCGUCGAAUGACUGGGAGGAAGCCAUGCGGAGUCGAAGUGGACGUUCAGCGCUGGCCGAUCGGAUUCAGUAGCAGGAAGCGUGUGUGUGUGCGUGUAUAUGUGAGCGUGUGAGUGAAUGUGUAUGUAUGCGUGCGCAUGCUAGCACAAGCUGCCUCAGUCAGGCAGUAAUGUGCUCCACACCCCAAAAAGAGGAGCCGUAAAGGAUUAACGUGACGCGUGCACGCCAUUCUGGAUUGAUUUUGUGUACAGAUUUAUAUCUCUGACCCCACCCUCUUCAUAACCCCACUCCCACCCCUUCCCCCCCGGCCUUUGUUUUGACGCCUCUCUGCUUUGCAUGGCCGGCGAGUAACCGUGGAGAGGCCAGGGUACCACAAGCUUAUGGAUUUUGAUAAGAGAGGUGGGAGGGCAGACGCCGACGAGGGAAGGAGGAUGUCCAAACCAGGCGGGGGGAGGCCUGGGCACGGUAGCCGGGGCACGGGCGGGAACUCUGGCGUCCUAAUGGUCGGACCCAACUUCCGCGUGGGGAAGAAGAUUGGCUGCGGGAAUUUCGGAGAGCUGCGGCUCGGCAAGAACCUCUACACCAACGAAUACGUGGCAAUUAAACUGGAACCGAUUAAGUCCAGGGCACCGCAGCUUCACUUGGAGUACAGAUUUUAUAAACAGUUGGGAAGCUCAGAAGGGAUUCCUCAGGUGUUUUAUUUCGGGCCGUGCGGGAAGUACAACGCCAUGGUCUUGGAGCUUCUCGGCCCCAGCCUGGAGGAUCUGUUCGACCUCUGUGACCGCACUUUCUCCCUGAAGACCGUCCUCAUGAUAGCCAUACAGCUGAUCACGCGCAUGGAGUACGUGCACACCAGGAGCUUGAUAUAUCGAGACGUGAAGCCGGAGAACUUCCUGGUUGGGCGGCCGGGCAGUAAGCGGCAGCACACAAUCCACAUCAUCGACUUUGGGCUUGCCAAAGAGUACAUCGACCCAGAGACCAAAAAACACAUCCCGUACCGGGAACACAAGAGCCUCACGGGCACGGCCCGCUACAUGAGCAUCAACACGCACCUGGGCAAAGAGCAAAGCAGGCGAGACGAUCUGGAAGCACUGGGACACAUGUUCAUGUACUUUUUACGAGGCAGCUUGCCCUGGCAGGGGUUAAAGGCCGACACGCUGAAGGAGCGCUAUCAGAAAAUCGGAGACACCAAGCGAGCGACACCGAUCGAAGUGCUCUGCGAGAGUUUCCCAGAGGAGUUAGCGACGUACCUGCGCUACGUCCGGAGGCUGGACUUCUUCGAGAAGCCUGACUACGAGUACCUGAGGAAGCUCUUCACUGACCUGUUUGACCGAAACGGCUACAUCUUUGAUUAUGAGUACGACUGGGUUGGCAAGCCUCUUCCCACACCCAUCGGCCCCAUCCCCAGUGAUACGCCGCAACCGAGCAACCGGGACAAAGCACAGCAGCAGACCAAAGCCCAGUCGCCCGAGCCCAAACGGAGCGAGUCCCAGCCCACUCCCGUCAAUAAGGAGCCGCUGGGGUCACAUCUCACAGCUGAGGGGCUGGGGGGCUCAGUUCAGAUAAUGAGCUCGACCAAUGGAGAGCUGAACACGGACGACCCGACCGCAGGACACUCCAACGCCCCGAUCACAGCCCCCACAGAGGUGGAGGUGGCAGACGACACAAAGUGCUGCUGUUUCUUCAAGCGGAGAAAGAGGAAAACCCUCCAGAGACACAAGUGAACCGCGCACUCGGAGGAGUUGGAACCCAACUCUGGGAGAACUUGAACCGUUCGGAUCACUGUCGAGUUUUAAACGGAAGCGAACACACUGCUCACGCCCUCCUCCCUCCCUCUUUUACCUUCCCUUCUUUUCUCCACCCGGUGUUCAUCACUCGAAACCCUGCACCGACGCUCCUCUUCUGUCCGAGCGGUAAAACGAAACGUCGCUGACUUCGCAAGACUCUCUCUCCCAUUUUUUUUUUCUUCUUUUCUUUUCUUUUUUUUUUUUUCCCCCUCUCCCUUUGGAAGUAUACAAAAAUUAAUAGAACGUGUAAAGGAAAAAAAGAAAGUACUCCCACUUUAAGUGGUGAUGGCGAACUUUAUAAAAACUAAUGAGGAUGAAUGAGCGCCGUGACGUGAAACUGAAAACGUGAUGCUGUCGUUGUAAUCUAGAUUCCACGCCGAACUUUGUGUCGUUCAGUGGCCGUCGAUCCGAGCACCCGAUCUAGAUGGGAUCGGAUCGUUUUGAGGUUUUUCCUUAGCUGUAGAUCUUUGUUUCAAAUCCGAGGGCAAAUCCUGCGAAAGGAAGAAAGAUUUGGUUCAUCUCAAGCAUACGAGUUUUGUUUUUUAAUUAUAAUUAUUAUUAAAAAAAAAUUUUUUUUUGUUAUUGAUAUAAAAAUCUUUGGCCACUUUUGGAGCUGAAUAACUGGGUUGAAAGGAAAUCUUCACGUUUUAUGUUGUAGUGACCUGGAAUUUCUUUUAUUGUUGGUUUUUCUUUGCGCGUGUGUGUGUGUGUGUGUGUGUGUGUGUGUGUGUGUGUGUGUGUGUGUGUGUGUGUGUGUGGUUGGUUUUUUUUUUUGUUGUUUUUUUUUUUGUGUUUUUUUGUUUGUUUGUUUGUUUUUGUUCUAUUGAUAUGGACUCCGUAGCACAGUGACUGGUCUCAGGUACUGUGGAUCAUGAGGAGAGGAAUCAGUUGUAAGCUCUCUGCUUAUUAUUGCACUUUUGAGAGGCAAAAAGACAAGACAAAAGAGAGAUGAUGAAAUCUAACAGACUGCCCCCCCCACCACCACCACCUUUAAGGACGGACGGACCCCCACACGUGAAGGCGCGGGCCGGAAUUCCCCGGGCGAGACGAACACCCCCUCCUCUUUUAUGUUUCACGUUAGAGUUAUUUACCAGGAAAUCAUAGUUUGUGCCUUUCCAAGUAAAAAUGUUUAAAGUUAAAGCGAGUGUGUGUUGCGGUGUCCUGAAAUUUCAUUCGAGCGAAAGAUCGGGCUCCUCUUCUUUUCCGCUUUCAAACGAACGGGAUUAAGAAAGAAUGAUAACCCGACCAUUCACACUAGCAAGUAACGAGUCACUCGUGACUCUUGUGGGCGUGUCCUGUCCAGUGUCCACAUCCACUCACCAGAGGCACCAGCACACUCUCUCUCUCUCUCUCUCUCUCUCUCUCUCUCUCUCUCUCUCUCCCCAAUACUUCCUUCCAAGCUUUAUUUUUAUCCGUGCUUUUUAACGACCGGUCGCGUACGACAGGAAAAGAUCCAACUCGAAUCGCAUUUUUGUGCGUCAAACCGUAAAUGAGAACCGAACGCAGUUAGGAAUUACGGUCGGACGGGGAACCGAAGACACGUCAGACCACGCGCGCGAUACGAUUGGUCUGAGGAAUCAAAUCAGGAUUUAUUUCUCCACCACGUCAUACCUAAUUUGCAUAGAAUAAAGGAAAAUAUCAGUUAAAAAAAAAAAAAUCUUUCGUCACUGAAAUCGUGGCUCGGUGCUACAUACGUUCAUAGAAAAUGACUAGCUUUGCUAGUGUGAAUGCAGGGACAGGAAUGUUUAUUUGUUGGUCAAAUAUAUAUAUUUUUGGGGGGUAAGAAAUGAAGAAAGGAGGCCUGCCUGAGUCACAGAUCCAGCUCAUCACUUAUUCAUGGUUAUAUUCCACGCGUUUAUGGGGCCGUAACAUGGAGCCGUUUUGAUUCUAUAUACGGUGUUUAUCACGCGUCCGUCAAGGACACCAAGCUUCUCAGAACGUGUGGUAUAUUGAUGCUAUUAUUGUGUGAAACAACUUUAUAACAGCACAAAAUCCUGUGCGAACAACUUGAAAUUCCUGCUGGUCGUUUAAUGCUAAAGCUGUUUGUGUGUUUAUAAAUGAAAAAAGCUGUUAAAAAAAAAUACAA